GCAGGGCCAACCGGGAGACCCAGACGCAGUCAGCGCCCGAGCCGCCGCCGCCGCUCCGUGCCCGGCCGCCCAGCAGCAUCCGCCCCGCCGAUGGCCAGCCGCCUGACCUGCUGCCUCCUGCUGUGGGCCCUGGGCCAUGUGGGCUGCCAUUCGCCUGCGAGGGAGGGCGCCGGCAGCCAGCCCGCCUGCCCCGUCCCGCCGCCAGUCCCCCGGGACUCGCCUUCCCAUGUCAGUGACCCCCGCGGAGGCUCCUCGCCGCCCCCUGCGCUGGGCAGCAUCGCUCAGGACAUGGUAGCUGUCCACAUGCUUAAGCUCUACGAGAAGUAUAACCGGGAAGGGAGCCGGCCCGGCGAUGGCAACACUGUGCGGAGCUUCAAAGCCAAGCCGGAAUUCUUGGCCCAGAAGCCUAUGUACUGCUUCAAUCUGACAUCCAUGCAGGAUUCAGAGAUGAUCCUUGCUGCCACCUUUCACUUCUAUGCUGACAAGCGCCCUCGGCACCAGGAAGUGUUUUGUAAGCGAUCCAAGAACUCAUCCUGCCGCCUCCUUCACCUGCCUUCAGUCCUGCGGCUCAACCUCAUCUUCCAAAGCAUUCACCAGAAUUCUGCCUAUGGUCUAGUGAAAGCGAACAUCACCAUGUUUCUUCAAAGGCGAGGGGCUUGGCAUACAAAGGACAUUUCACACAUCAUAAAAGAAUCAAAACGGGCUGGAGAGCUCAUUCUCUGCACUGAGCUUGAUUCUGGAGAGAAACACAAGGGCUUCCCUGAACAGGUUGCCAGUCAUUUACCUUAUAUACUAGUUUAUGCCAAUGAUCUUGCAAUCUCUGAACCUAACAGUGUGGCAGUCACCCUACAGCGUUAUGAUCCAUUCCCUUCCAAUGAUGGGGACCCAAAUCUAUCCCCUAAUGCUUCUACUGAUACUCGAGUGAGGAGGGAUACAUACCUCUCUAGCUCUAUUCAGAACAAUGAGUUGCCAGAAGUAGAUUAUAACAACAAUAAAUAUAACAAACAUGACAUAUGGGAGAAUGCUUACAAAUCCUUGAAACCAAAAGCUUCACGCAAAGACCGAAGGAGAAAAGGGCAAGAAAAUACAGAAACACUUACAAAGUCUCAGGUGCUAAAUUUUGAUGAGAAAACAAUGAAGAAAGCAAGGAGAAAACAAUGGAAUGAGCCAAGGAUUUGUUCAAGAAGAUACAUGAAAGUUGACUUUGCUGACAUUGGCUGGAAUGAAUGGAUCAUAUCUCCCAAAUCAUUUGAUGCCUACUACUGUGCAGGGGCAUGUGAAUUUCCAAUGCCCAAGAUUGUCCGGCCAUCAAAUCAUGCUACAAUCCAGAGCAUCGUAAAAGCAGUAGGAAUCAUUCCUGGCAUCCCAGAACCCUGCUGUGUCCCUGACAAAAUGAGCUCACUCAGUGUCCUGUUUUUAGAUGAGAACAAAAAUGUUGUUUUAAAGGUAUAUCCCAAUAUGUCGGUUGAAACUUGCGCCUGUCGAUAAGUUCAUAUAAACACAUCUUUCAGAAGACCUGUACAUCCUGCCUGACUAGAUUGGGAACAUUGUAAACAGGAAAAGAAUCCACUUGUGCUGUUGAAUGAGUGCAAGCCUACAGUUGUCUACACAAAGCAUACAGAGAUACUAAAAUGAUCCACAUGCUCACCUGGAAGGAUAUGUUUUAUUGUCAUCAUUUUUCUUUCAUAUUCAUCUUCCAGGUACUCAGUACUUUCACAAGUAUAUUCCUAAACCACCUAGCCAAGAAACCUGGAGUUUAGCAAGAAAUUUAAGUGUAAAGUUUUCCAUAAUCAAAGGACUAAAAUACAUUUUAUAUGUUUUUUGGGUUUUUUUUUUUCACUAUUUUAUCUUUUCAGUUAACCAAGCUGGGAAGUGAACUUGCAAAGUCAGGCUUCUUUUAGACUAGCACUUUUGUACACAAAUCAAAACCUUUUGCCUAAAACACUCAUACUCUUAAUUUGCAUAUUUAUACUGAAAAUGCUGUAAUAAAGGGCUUAAAAUGUAUAGUUUCUUCAGGAUUCAAGUAUAGUGCACUGCAUAAGCUUUCAUAUAAGCAGUAUGUUAAUAUAGCCAUUUUUGGUUACCCUUCCCUGAUAUAUAAUUUGUUCUACAAAAGACAUGUAAUAUCCCACACUUUCGGUUUGUUGGAUCAUUUUGGGUUGUUAAACAUAUUCCCUAAGUAACACAUACUAUAUAGUAAUAUGUUGAAAUACUAAAAGUAAAAUAACCAAGAUUUAUAUUUUUGUAAAUUAUACUUUAUAUCCUCUAGAUUGUUACAUGCUUUUAACAAAAGCUAAUAAAUUAAAGGUACAGUAGUAUCUAAAAA